GUUUAAUUUAUGUAGGGUUCAUAACGCGGCAUCCUUAAAAUGUCUUCUGUUGUACUGCAGUUGGUGAAGUUCUUGUGGCUGCCGUUGAUUGUUUGCAGUGCCACCAACGAUAAGUCGGGAUUGCAACAAUGUACGGACCUGCUGAACACCCAAAAGUUGGUUUCCUGUUGCGGAAAGUCCUUUCUCGAUAAGUUUCUGUUCAUUGGCAGCAAUUGUACACCCUAUUGGGAUAAUUAUGGUCCUUGCCGCUAUGAGUGCCUGUAUAACCAUUGGAAUAUUCUUGAUAAGGAAAACAAGAUUAGGAAACCAGAACUUUAUCUGAUGAUCACAACCCUGUACAGUCCCCUGAAUGGUUACGAUAAAUAUGGAACUGCCUUGAAGGCAGCCCAUGAGACCUGUGAGGCCUUGGGCUCAAGACACGCCGACUUUCUGUUGCUCUACUCCAAUCAGUUGACGGAGGAAAUAGGAAUGGACUCCUCCACUUGCUUACCAUAUGCGAUGCUACAUGCCCAGUGCACCACGGUGUACCUAACCGCCGAUUGUCCUCCCGAAAACUGGAGGGGAGAUGAAGACUGCGACAGUCUUAAAAAAACUUUGUCCACCUGCACGAAAAAGUUGGAUGAAAAGACAGAUGAUAUGGAGGCAAGGGAGAUGGCUAAGCAAAGUGGCUGUAACUUAGAUUCCGAGGGAUUCCAACUGGUAGUGUCUAGCAUUUUAACCAUCAUAAUCUCAAGGCUCUUGUCAGAUUAG